CUGUCCAGUCCCGUCCCCGGCGCGGCCCGCGCGCUCCUCCGCCGCCUCUCGCCUGCGCCAUGGCCGGCCCGUCCCGCCCGGGCCCGCUGCGGCCGCUGCUGCUGCUGGUGGUGGCCGCGUGCGUCCUGCCCGGAGCCGGCGGGACGUGCCCGGAGCGCGCGCUGGAGCGGCGCGAGGAGGAGGCGAACGUGGUGCUCACGGGGACGGUGGAGGAGAUCCUCAACGUGGACCCGGUGCAGCACACGUACUCCUGCAAGGUUCGGGUCUGGCGGUACUUGAAGGGCAAAGAGCUGGUGGCCCGGGAGAGCCUGCUGGACGGCGGCAACAAGGUGGUGAUCAGUGGCUUCGGAGACCCCCUCAUCUGUGACAACCAGGUGUCCACUGGGGACACCAGGAUCUUCUUUGUGAACCCUGCACCCCCAUACCUGUGGCCAGCCCACAAGAACGAGCUGAUGCUCAACUCCAGCCUCAUGCGGAUCACUCUGCGAAACCUGGAGGAGGUGGAGUUCUGUGUGGAAG